AUGGCAGACACGGCUUCAUCACUGCGGCAGCUCAAGAUCAAGACGGGCGUGGUCAGCAGACUGUUCAAGGAGGAACAGACGUAUCGGACAGAAGCCGCUGAUCAGGAAAAGGUACUUGCCAAGCUCAGAGACUCUGGCGCAGAUGGCGCAGACAUCAGGAAUGCCGAACGCGUGUUGAAGGACUCUGAGCAGAUGAUCCCUCGUACCCAAAAAUCCCUCCAAGAGGCCAGAGAUGGGCUCAAGGAUCUCGUCGACGCGCUCGGUACCGAGGACAGUAUCAACGCGACCGACGAGUACAAAGCCGCCGUGGCAAUUCUCGACAAGGUGGGCCAAGCAUAG